AUGGCUACUAACCCCACGCCCCUAAAUAUCACAUGUCUCGAAAUACUUGUAUUAAAUGUUCUUAAAAAUUCAUCUCCAGAAAAAGUUGCAAGUGAUAUUAAUAUACCUGAACUAGAUCCAUGUUCGUUAUGCAACCAAGAAAUUUUUUUAUAUGAAAUAAAAAAACCAAUUACUUUACUUACCUGUGGCCACUUAUAUCAUCAUGAUUGUAUCAAAAGUUCUAUUAAAAUUAGUCCAAAAUGCCCAAAACCUGGUUGUAUGAAGGAGAUAGAAUCUGUGGUUGAAAUGCCUGGAAAUCAGGAUAUCGAUUUAAUGGAAAUAUUACCUACGAUAUUUAAAAGCCCUCUGUUUAUCCAGA